AGGCAGCCGGCAUCUGCAAAGUGGUACGACAGAAGGGACUAUGUCUUUGUUGAAUUUUGUGUUGAAGACAGCAAACAAGUGAAAAUAGAUUUUGGAAAAAACAAACUAACUUUCAAUUGCCUUGGGGGAUCAGAUAGUCUUAAGCAUCUAGAUGAAGUUGAACUUUUUCAAGCCAUUGAUCCUAAUGAAUCAAAACAUAAAAGGACAGAUAGGUCUGUUCUGUGUUGUUUACGAAAAGCAGAAUCUGGCCAAUCAUGGCCACGUUUGACAAAAGAAAAAGCAAAGCUCAACUGGCUUAGUGUGGAUUUUAACAACUGGAAAGAUUGGGAAGAUGACUCAGAGGAAGACAUGUCAAAUUUUGAUCGCUUUUCAGAGAUGAUGAACAACAUGGGAGGAGAUGAGGAUGUAGAUUUACCAGAGGUUGAUGGUGCAGAUGAUGACUCGCCAGAUAGUGAUGAUGAAAAAAUGCCUGAUCUGGAGUAAGAAGACUUCAUGGGCAGGGGUGGGUGGUUGGAUGGAUGGAAAACAGAUUUCAACAUAUUUGGCAAAAGUUGCCAAUACCCAAGUUGUACAUACAGUUACUAAGUACUUCCAGUCAGCCUUGUUCAUUUUGUUAUCACGGAAUGGCUUUCAUCAGGAGUUGGAGCUUAAAACUGUACAUGGCAUCCUUUUACCAUUUAUCCCCAAAGAGCUUCAGCUAAAAAACUUCCAUGAUUUGCAAGCUUCUCUGGAACACAGUUGUAUGUUGAUGUCAUAUGUGGCUAUAAUGGAACAGCAUGGAUUGUGUUUACAUUUUAAAUUUUGUUUUCCUACCCCAGAUCUUCAUUAGAUGGAGUUUCUUGUAUUAGUACAUGCACAAAGACACUGGCAAAACUGACAUACAUAUAAUAAACCAUGCAAGAAAGCUUAUUUUUUAUAAAAGGUUUUAUAAACUAUAGUUAAGCUAUAGCAUACAAAAUCAAUCUGCUUGAUUGAAAAAUGUCAUCUAGUCUUACAUUGUCCUUUGUUGUAAAGUAUUAGUUUUAUGGCUAUACAGAGACAUAGAUGUCAGCGAUUAUUGAAACUAAAGUUUUCAUGGGCUUUGUUCCUGUUUUUAAAUCAUGCCUCACUGCAUUAAUACUAGAUGUCCACACAUCUAUGGACCUCUAAUGAAAAUGAAAAAUGUACUGUCCACUCUACUUUAUGCCCCACAGAGCACUACUUCAUCUCAUUUUGCAGAGGAAUGAGGGGUUUUAUAAGGGUUGUGGACAUGUUUGUCUUAGGUACUGUAGAGUAACCUCUUAAGAUGUGUGUAUUAGCUACUUUGCCAGUAAUUUUCUCUUCAAAUUGUUCGUUAUGAACCACAUUAACAAUUGAGGACUUGCAUCCUUAAAGGCACAAAGUCAAAAACAAACUUCCAUGAUUUGGAUGGAGCAUGCGGUUUGAACAACUUUCCAACUUGCUUCUAUUUGUAUUUUAUUGGUGUCCUUUGUUGAAAAGCAUCCCUAGGUAGGCUCGAAAGCAGCAGUUUACUACUGGGAGCUAGCUGCUGAUUGGUGGUUGUACAUUUAUACCUCUUGUCAUUGGCUCACCCAAUUGUGUUAAGCUUCCAGUAGUGCAUUGCUGUUACUUGAACAUGAGAUACCAUGAUAAUUAAGCGACUCAAAGGAUAUAAUAGAAACUUCAGACUCAUAAAAGAAACAUCACAGCUUAUGUUUGGUUUUAAUAAAUCAAGUUUAUCAAUAAAAA